CCAGCUCUCCUUUCCCCAUCCCUCCCUCCCGAGCGCACUCCUCCAGCUCUCCUUUCCACAUCCCUCCAUCCUGAGCGCACUCCCCUCCGCCCCGUCCCCCUGUCCUGAGCGCACUCCUCCUCGGGUCCUUUCCCCAUCCCUCCGUCCCGGCCGCUCUUCUCUGCCCUGUCCCCCUAUCCCGGCCGCCCUCCUCCAGCUCCCCUCUCCCCAUCCCUCCGUCCCGGCUGCCCUCCUCCAGCUCCCCUCUCCCCAUCCCUCCAUCCCUCUGUCCCAGCCGCCCUCCUCCAGCUCCCCUCUCCCCAUCCCUCCAUCCCUCGGGCCCCGCCGCCGCGGCCCCCCCAGCCUGAGCGCCCCGCUCCGCCCGCCGCAGCCCCCGCAGCGGCCCCGCCGCCCCCCGCAUGGCCACGGCGGCGGGGCCCUGGCCGGGGCCGGAGCCGCCGCCCUGCGGCCCGGAGGCGGCGGGCGCGGCCAAGGCGGCGGCGGGGCCGGGGGCGGCGGGGCCGGGGGCGGCGGAGAAGGCGGCGGCGGCGGCGGACUGCCUGGUGUGCGGCGACAAGGCGAGCGGCAAGCACUACGGGCAGCUCACCUGCGAGGGCUGCAAGAGCUUCUUCAAGCGCUCCGUGCGCCGCAACCUCUCCUACAGCUGCCGCGGCGGCCGCGACUGCCCCGUGGACCAGCACCACCGCAACCAGUGCCAGUACUGCCGCCUGCGCAAGUGCCUCCGCGUCGGCAUGCGGCGGGAAGCCGUGCAGCGGGGCCGCAUGGCGCAUCCCCAGAGCAGCCCCGGGCAGUACCCGCUCAGCAACGGGGACCCCUACGCCGGCCACAGCUACCUGAGCGGCUUCAUCUCGCUGCUGCUGCGGGCAGAGCCCUACCCCACGGCCCGCUACGGGGCCCAGUGCCUGCAGCCCAGUAACGUCAUGGGCAUCGAGAACAUCUGCGAGCUGGCCGCCCGCCUCCUCUUCAGUGCCAUCGAGUGGGCCAAGGGCAUCCCCUUCUUCCCGGACUUCCAGCUCUCCGACCAGGUGGCCCUGCUGCGCAUGACGUGGAGCGAGCUGUUCGUGCUCAACGCGGCCCAGUGCGCCAUGCCGCUGCACGUGGCCCCGCUGCUGGCGGCCGCCGGCCUCCACGCCGCCCCCAUGUCGGCCGACCGCGUCGUCGCCUUCAUGGACCACAUCCGCGUCUUCCAGGAGCAGGUGGAGAAGCUCAAGGCGCUGCACGUGGACGCUGCCGAGUACGCCUGCCUCAAGGCCGUGGCUCUCUUCACGCCGGACGCCGUGGGGCUGUCGGAGCUGGGCCCCGUGGAGAGCGUGCAGGAGAAGUCGCAGUGCGCGCUGGAGGAGUACGUGCGGAGCCAGCACCCCAGCCAGCCGAGCCGCUUCGGGCGCCUGCUGCUGCGCCUGCCCUCGCUGCGCCUCGUCUCGGCGCCCGUCAUCGAGCAGCUCUUCUUCGUGCGCCUCGUGGGCAAGACGCCCAUCGAGACCCUCAUCCGGGACAUGCUGCUGUCGGGCUCCACCUUCAACUGGCCCUACAUCGCCAUGCAGUGAGCAGGAUCAGGCCCCGGGGCGACGACGGGGCGGGGAUGGAGCCUUAAAAAGGACCGCGACCCCCCUCCCCUCGCCGCCGCCUCCCCCCGAAGCCUCCCCGCGCGGCCGGCCCUUGAGAACGGAGAACUCGUGACCGCAGUGGCCUUGACAGCGACAGUGAUUUUUUUCCCCCCCCUCCCCGUCUCCCUGUUUGAGGGGAGUAAAAAGAAACGGAGGUUUCGGAUCUGCGGAAAAGCAGCUCCGAAGCCCAGCGAGAGACUCCGGAGCGGCGCCUCGGCCCCGCGCAGGGCAGUGGGACGUGUCUCGGGCCCUGGGCAAGGGAGAGGUGCGGACUAUUUAUAAAAAUAAAAUAAAACCUAUAUUAUAUCCUAAUCCCUCCACUUCCCUCGGCUGA